AAAACAGUAAGUUAAAACCGAUUAUUGUCAAUAACCAAGUUGCAUAGUCGAGGUACACUGUUGCAUAUAAAAAGAUACCCAAGCUAUUAGACUUCCAUUUGUAAUUGCCACUCAUACUUGAAGCAGAAAACCAGGCCUAAACCUUCUCCUCCUAUCUCCUUCUCUGCAAACCCAAUCAGAGUGACAACAACCUAGUGCGGUUCCAAUCAAACAAAGAUGGUUAAUGCAAAAACCGAGGUACCCCAUAAGAGUGUCCUUAGUAUCAAGCAAGAUGACAAGUUCUUCUGCAGGCUUCUUUCAAAGGAAAGCUCCAUGGCCAACCCUUCUUUCAGAAUAGCCCUUGCUGUGCCAUUUGUGUGGGAAUCUGAGCCAGGCACCCCAAAACACAGGUUCUCUGAGGACACACUCCCUCCUUUAACUCCUCCACCUUCUUACCAUUUUAGCAAUAUCAAUAGCUACAAGAAGAAAGAGAAGAAGCACUCAUCAAAGUCCAGUCUCUUGCUCACAAUGCUACCAAAGAUGAACCUCAUCAAGAAAAUGAUUCUCUCAUCCCCAUCAUCAUACCCUUCUUCGUGGCCCUCAUCUUCUUCAAGCUCCUCCAAAGUUGUCCCUAUGGCCAAGUUUGGCAAGAAGAAGCUCUUAAGCUAUGGAUCAUGUAAUGAUUUCAAGGGAGAUUGUGAAGGAUGUGGUGGUGGUGCUAAUUCACCCUCUUCCAAAUUGUGCUUUAGCGUUCCCCGUGCCACCUGCAGUUAAGACAGUGGAUUCUAAAGUUCUUAAGGUAAUAAGACCUGUUAGAUUGCUUGGCCUUGGAUCUGGAGUGGACAAUGUGCUGCUUAUAUAGUAUUUCUUUGUAAAUUUUUCUAGCUAGCUAAUACUCUUCUUCAUGCUUAGAGGACAAUCUAUUUUCUAUGCUAGAAUUGGUCUUGAGAGUUUUGUCCUCUCAAAUUACAAGCUUGCUUCCAAGGUCAUAUUUUCUGGUGUGAGUGUAUCUUAAACAUUUUGUGCAGUUUGAAAUGAUCAUAGUUCCUUUUUUUUGUGUGCUUAGAAUGUGCCAUAUGAGAACUGAGGUACAUUACUUUUAUGUAACCUCAUAUUAAGCAAGAAAUGUGGUUUUUAUUGUAUUGGUGAUGUAAAGUUAUAAACACAUAAUAACAAAACAUUUAGUGGUAGAAAGA